AUGAACGACCGAAAGUCUGGCCGUCGUCAGCGCAAGCCGACAGGUGGCGCCACGAAUUUGAAUCGGGAACGGUGGACGUUUCUAUCGACCGUGGAGGAGCUACCACUUGGAGGGCGGCAGAAGUCUCGCAGUACAUCCAACUUAGCCAGCGGCCCUCGUGGGCCGCUGGCCUCGGCUGACAAGACCAAGGACAAGGGUGGUUCGAAUCAACCCGUUGCCGUCGACAUUGACGGCGAUGGCAUGAUCGAUGUGCGCGAAAUGCGCAUGGCCAAGUACCUCCAUGACAUCACGUCCAAAAUGACAAAGCCAGACGGGACAGCGCCGACGGACGCCGAACUCCGCGACAUGCAAGUCACGGUCGGGAGGUACACGCUGGCACAGGACUUUGUCCACCGCAACAAAGGCAAGCUGUGGCGGUACGGACCAACGUUUGCCGACAAGUCGGACGACGAGUGUGUCCGCUUUGUCGCCGAACACAAAAACUUCAAAAAGAUCUUGCCUUACCUCGAGUUCAUGGAGCGCCGCCGGACAAUUCGGUCGUCGUCCAACCUUCGAUCGUGUUUGAACGAACAGUCCGAGAUGGUCGACGACGACGGAAACGUCAAGGGACAUCGCCAUCCGCAAACGUGGGUGUACACCCAGCGCAAGCUCAAAACGCCGACGCAUAUGAACAUGAUGGCCGUACACAAAGCCGUGAAUUCCACGUACGCGAGUCGACUCGAAGAGCCCGACGACCCGCUCCCUGUAUCGCUGGACGCUCUGGACGAGCUACCAACCCCGCCGCCGAGGAAGCCACUUCUCGACCCGUUGGCACCAACCAACAAGGACGUGUUCCGCAACAACUUUGGUGUGAUUGAUAUUGACGGCGACGGCGUCAUCGACGACUUUGAAAUGCAGCUACAUGUACAAUUACAAGAGUCCCGCGCGCACGACGCCCAAGCGGUCGACUUGAACGGCGACGGACGGAUCGACGACGUCGAAGAGAUGCUGCAUGAAAAGGCGCGGAGCACCCAGCUCCAGGCCGAGGGGCGACACCUCAUGGCCAAAGACUUUGUCAAGCGCAAUGCGGGUGACAUGUGGCUGUACAACCCCGUCUACCGCGACAAAACAGACGACGAGGUUAUCGAGCUCCUGGCAAACGACAAGGGCGUGUUUAGCAAAACCAUGAACAAACUGCGAGCGAAAGAGCGCGUGCUCGGCCUCAAGUCGUCCAAAGGCGUGACGGCGUGUCUGGUCGACCCAAAAGUGCUCAAAUUCCGACCGGACCCGGCCAACAUCUUGACGCCACGUCAAGUGAUCAGCAAGUCCGAAUUGGACAAGGCCCAGCGCGAGUUCAGCAAGCACCUAAACAGCCAUGGCAUGGAUGGCGCUGGCGUGUUUGUCAAGCAUCUGCGGUUAGAUGCGCUGCAGCAGGUGGAACAAUCGUCGCCACAACACAAACGACAGGGCGGCCUUGGACGAAGCCACAGCACCCCCGUGAUUGGGCUGCCCAAGUUGUACGCUUCGCCCAUCAAACUCGCGACGGUGCAGGAGUUCAGGAUAACCAAGUGGAAGACCGGUGACGCCCCAAAGUAG